UAUGUUGAUUCGAAAAGACAGUGGAACAGAAAGUGGUUUUGUGGAAUCCGAGGCAGAAUUCGAGAACGAGGCAUCAAGACAGGUGCCUGAUUCGUUUGAUUUGCUGCCGCCUUUGGAGAAACGGCGCCAGAUUGUAAGUUAUCGAAAAUAUUUUCAUUGGAUCUUAUUAACUGGGAAGAGAAGGCUUCCGAUCCAGGCUUUAACUCGUACUUAAGUUAAACAUUGUGAAAAGUGUGACCAUUGCCGAUCGAAGUAGACUAGUGCGCAAAAUAUAUAAUUCCGCAGUUUAAAGGCGGUUUUUGCUCAGUCCAAAUAUAAAAGCAUGGCGACUUAACAAGUUCGAGAUCAUUCGUCAUAAAAAAUGUUUUGAAAAAGUGAGAUAAGCCUUGAUAAAAUGGACUAAGACAUCUAAGCAUACGCCUGGCCGUGCGCAUCAUGAUGUAUUCACACACAUCACAAACCGCCACGUGUUUUGCCAAUGGUUGUUCUUAAUUUUGAGAUAAAUCGUGCCCUGAAAGAUGUGCUCAAAACAUACGGCUCAUCGAUGGUUAGAUGUCCAGUAUUUCUUUCGGAGAAAGAAACAUUGAAAUUUGAUACCCAGCUAUAGAUGACACACACCUGCGUGUAUAUUGAUAUAACUAGAAUGUGCAUUUGAAAAAGAAAUUUCGUUUCGUUAGUAUACUUAUUAUUCCUAUCAUUUUUCAACUUUCUGCGUUUAUCUGAUGCUCGCUCGAGCUACUUGUUAUUGCUUUUUAUGUCGCAUUUUUCUUUAAAAAAUCUUUUUUCGUAUUUAAUACUUCCUUCUGUAAAAUGAAUGCAGUACUAAACAGUUUAUCGUAAAUUGCUAAAAUUUUCGCCGAACAUCAACAUCCAAUCUCUGAAGGAUAAUACCAGCCAGAACAUGAACAUCCAAUAUAAUGUAUAAAGGAAUACUAGGUAUUCCCCUCUUUCUUCGUAUCAAAGAGCACGCGCAAUAAAGUUUGAGUUCAAUGUACAUGCUUUCUGAUCCCAAGGGAGGGAGGGUGGAGCUUACGUCACUAGUCAGGAGACUUUCUUAUAUUCAAACUCCCCCCCCCCAACAUAUUUGUACGACAGAUGAGUCAUUCUUCGAGCACUCAUUCAUUUGGGUAGAUUUUUUAACAAAAUAUUUUGAAAGAGUAGAAAUUAUUUUAGCAAGUUGAUUAAAAUUGAUGAAAACCCCAUGGAAUGCUAUCAGAACUUCUACAGAAGUGUGUGUAUUUUUAGCUGUUCAGCGGAUGCUCCUCUGCUUAUGUUAUUUGAUAUUCAGUGUCAUGCCAGUUGAUUAGCAACUUGAUUGAGGCUGCCUAGGUUUCUCCAAAGAGAUUUCCACCAGAUUCCUAUAAGUUCUUGUGCAAUCGUCUUCGAAUUGUUGCUUCGGUUCACUUGUUAUUCCAUAAAGCCAUACAUUCGUAUCACCUGCUCUUGGUAUUUUGUCCAGCUGCCUUUCUCACGCUAUGUGUUGCGUUUGACAAAGAAAAUACGGAUCUGCAGGAUGCUCUAAAAACCAAAGUCUGGCUUAUCAAUAUUUUAUCAGAAUAUAAACAGCAGCUACACUCUUUUUUAUAAGAACAAUUUUGUAAGAAUACGAGCCUCAAAAUUGGUCAAAAGUUAAGUAUAAUAUAAGAGCAAACUGAGGCUGAACUACUGUACAAUGCAAUUUUGAACAACGUUUUAUCUCAAAAACGAGGAUUUUUAGCCAUCUGUGGGUGUUUUUUUGGUGAAUAUUCAAGCUUGUCGGCACAUGAAGAUUUUUUCACUCGCUUUGUCGUCAAAUCAGGCCUGAAAACCUGCCUAGAGCGAAAAAGCUACCGAUUGCACUGCUUACACCCUUUAAGUCUAAGAACAAAUUGAGAACAAUCCAGCCUCGAAUUUUCGAAAAAAAUUAAGAAUGGUCAGCCUGAACUUAUAUUUACUGGUUCUGCAAGGUAAAAAGUGCAAGUUUUCUGACUUUUCAUAUGACUGACUCUUUGAUUCAAAUCUGCUUUACGAGCUACUCUGUUGUGUUAAGAAAGUAUACGUUUUAUGAUUUUUUGAUUUAGAGGUUUUAUGAUUUUGAUGGUUAUUUUGCUGUUUUGAAAUAUAAUUAGCGACAAUGACCAAAAUAGCGUGUGUGAGUAACUUCUUGAUGACUGGUUAGCAAAAUGGUGCUAGAUACACAUCUUAUUACUGCCCAUUCCGUGUUGCAGACAUAGCUCUGUUUUGUAGGCUUUUUAUGAGUUUCGACAGGCCUUUUUUUAAGAUAGACCGCAAACUUGACUUUUUUUAGAGAUCAGUAAGACUCCAUUAAUAGGUUAUGUUAGAAACAUUGUCAAUUAUUAUUUUAUCAUGAACGUAAUUAAGAAAACGGGUAUAUGAAUGACGGUUUUGAAGAUUACGAAACUUUUUUAACUUCACAGCCAUAUUUGCCUUAAAUUCACAUUUUACUUAAAGCCAACGGUUCCAAGGAAGCUUUGAUGAUUUUCCUCUCCACUCAUCACACCACUAAGCGAUGUUUGUUUCUUUCUUUAAGAGAAUACGGGAAUUGGUUCAGCUGGCAGAUACUUUUGCAAAUGGAUUCAGUACAUCAUUACAGGUUUGAAUUCAAAUAAAAUGUGAUCUUGAGCUUUUAAGCCCAGCACUGUUAAUGUUUCAAAUAAAAUGCUCACUACAAAUUUUAAUUGCAUGUGCUGUUGCAUGUGUCAAUUCACUCACUUCCAUGUGCUUUUUUACAGAAACUCGAGUUGGCUGUUAAAAGGAACUUUCCAAGGUCAAUCAUGAUAUCAUUAGCUAGGAAGAUUGAUAAAAUGGAGAAGAUUGAGAAGAUACUUUUCAAACUUACGAGAGAGUUGUCGAAAAAGAAGCUUCUGUUUUCACAACAAUGGACGUCGAAAUCAGAAGAUGAAUUCUACAUCGACGUUGUGGGAAAUCUUUUCUCUUCGAAAACACUGUUAUCUGUUUACUAUCAACGACAAUCUCAUUAACAGAUGAAAGAUGUUUUGGUGGCAUAUGGCGAGAUGCGUGAAAUUAGGAAUGAAUAUGACGAUGGAAGUGAACAAUUCCACGAAUUUCGUUUGCUGCACGAGGAUGCUGUUGAUGUCCUCGCAGAAUAUUUUCUACGACUUCAGCUUGCCCUGAAAUAUGUAUUGUACUGCACCCCAAGACAGCAUAUCGACCAUCGGUGUCUGACUAAUAUCGUGGAAGAUCUGAACCACUUCAAUCGAUGUAAAUUCCAAAAAGAAUCCAAAUGCGAAAAGGAAAAGGGCCUGUCAGACGAUUGGCCAUCACCUGACGGCGAAGCACAACCUGAAAACGAGUCACACAAUAGCAAAGAUGAAACAGAAAGAAAAGCAAAAUUGGUGAAACGAAGACACUCCUGUGACAACUCAACUCUAAAGAAACUCAGUUCGUUUACAAGGGGCAUUGGUUUCCUUCGAAGCUCUGGGCGUCGAUCAAGACAAGAAGGCGAGACUCCACUCAAGAGGACACAGUUGAUUGAUAGCAGUGAUAUGAGAGCUAAGCCGCGCAAAUCAGGGUCCGCUAUACCAUGGCACUCGACACCAAAAGAAUCCCGCGCCACUCACAAUGGCAAAGAAAAUGGGGUUUUGGAAGACAGAGAGACUAGUUUUGACUCGAAUUUUUACCUUUUCAAUGAAAAACAGAGUAUAGACAGUUUUCAUACCAAGGGUGGAAUUGUUCCUCAUGAGAAUAUAUCAUCUUCGAACGACACGAUCACCGAUGAUAGUAAUGAGUUAGAAAAAAGUGGGGAUCUUUCUAACCACAAAGGCCAGGCUAGAACUGCCGGUAGAGACGAAAAGGUGAACGGUAAAGUCCCGCCACUCGAUACUAGAUUUGACUGCAGCCACAAAAGAGAUCAUUACCGGGCAAGGAUGAACUCAUUAGGGAGAUCGAAAGGCAGCAGCAUCGCAAAAUCGUUGAAAGAAAAUACUGAGUGUUGUAGUAAUGAAAGUUUGGGUUAUCAAAGUGAAAAAGCAAUCGAUAGAUCAAGGGAAAGUGCCUCCUCAAAAGAUCGGAUUUUUGAUGUUUUCUAUAAUAACGGUACCGUGGAUGUUCCAGAUCCUAUCAAGAAAUCAUCAAUUGGUGAAAGACCCUCGAUACUUCCUGUACCGAGAUCUCCAAGUUCAUCGCCAACAAUUCUGCCAGAUUUUUCUCCGCAGUCUCCUAGCUUGCUGGAACGCAGCGAAAACUUAUUUCCGUUAUCUUGCGACCAAGUGACUGAAAAGAAUAGCAGUGCUUCAUUCACAAGACCAAGCUCCAAAUUAGAAAAACAAGAAAAGUGCAGGAAGAAAAAGGAAAAGUCAGAAAAGCUGCUUGUCCCAGUGCCUUUCCCAGACAGCUACACAAGUGAUGAAGAUAUGCGCCUUGACAGGUAUAUCGGUGAAAGUUGUAUGAAAAGUGUACCAAAGAUGAGCCAUAGUGGAAAAAGCAACAGCACCUUGGAUGGUACUUCUAGCCGCAUAGACAGGUGUCAUGCACGCCAUUUUGAGAAACUGAACGAAAAUUGCAGUGACGAGAAAAUCAAGUCGCACCAAGCUGCUGAAGCGCAUGCCAAGUGCAGGAAAGUUUCACACGAUAAAUCAGUUUUAGGAAAAAACUCCAAAAAACUCUCAUCAGAUUCGCGCAGUGACCUACCGCCAUUAGAAGAUAGUUCCAAGGGCAUUAAGGUCAGUAUUUCCCGUGCAAAGAAAUCUUUUCUUGAUUUUACCUCCCCCAUAAUUUCAAGAAAAAAAGAAAGAACCUUAAAAAACUCUAAUAACUUGACUUUGCAAUCAUGUGACGGAAUAACGACUGCUGCUAAGAAGGAGACAAGUAGCAGUAAUAGCAAAAAGUUCAACAAAAGUUAUACGGCAGAUGGGUGGUUAAAUGAUUUGAAAGAGAGAACCUUGAACGGGCAUUGCAAGAAUUGCCAGGAGGCACGGCCAGUAUCUCAUUUUGACAGAUACUCAUAUGAAUGUGGCACAAGCACAUCGCCUUUCGGUAAUAGAGAACCAAGUAGUUUUCUGUGCUCUAAAAAUGAAUUACCCGGUUCUUCAAAAUCCUGCCAUUUGAAUGACAGCUUGCUUGAUGAUCAAAUAGAGGAAAGUCAUGGACAAAGCUCUCCCGAAUGCGUUCAACGCUGCAGGUCUCCAUCUUUGACCAGCAAUUUAUCAAUUUCUUCAGACUUUAAUAUAACUGUCACGAGAUUUCUGCGGUCAAAUCGUGAAAGUUCUACGGAAACCGUAGUUGGCAAUUCAACUUUUUAUCGUGCGUCGCCUGAAGUCCCUGCUAGAUCUCCAGAUUUAGAGCUGUCUGUAGAACAGCGAGAGGUGCACCAAAAGGCUUCUCGACCAAUUGAAAGUUCCCCAGCUAUUGCCAACUCAAGAUCUUUAAAUGACCAUGACAGUAAUUUUUUGACUCGAACAAAACUAGACAACCAGAACGGCAACAAGAUUGCCGCAACCAGAGUGAAGAGCAACAAUGCACAGGAAACUACAACACCUCAGAACAGUGACCUGGCGGCAAUAAGGAUCUCUAAGUCAGAUCCGGUUUUGAAGUACUCAACGACCCAAUCGACGUUGAAGAACGCACGUGACAAUUCUCAGCUGAUAGCCAAUGAAUCGUUAGACACUCAGAAGAUACUGGAGAAAUUACGUAAGGUUCCCAAAGCCCGCGUUUUAUCGUGGGCUGAAAGCUUCGACAACCUGCUUUCAGAUAAAGAUGGUGUCAAGUUAUUUGGGCAUUUUUUGAAGUCAGAGUUCAGCGAAGAAAACCUGCUAUUUUGGCUAGCAUGUCAACAAUUCAAGUCAAUCCGCUCUUCAAAAAUUGCCAAAGAAGCCCAGAAGAUAUACGGGAUGUUCAUAGAGAUAUGCGCAAUCUAUGAGGUGAACCUAGAUCACCAAACCCGAACUACAAUAAAAGACUCAGUUCAAUCGCCAAGUAAGAAUAUAUUUGAUGCUGCCCAGUCUAAGAUCAGGCUGCUGAUGGCGCAAGACUCGUACCCAAGGUUCAUCAGAUCUAGGACAUACAAAGAUCUGGCUGAAUGACGAUAAUCAAGACAAGCAUGCAGAAAUUAUAGAAAGAAAUGUCGCAAGGCAUCGUGGAAGAUUAGAAGUCCUGAACACAAAUGGCAGAAAAACACCCUGCUAUUUGUGCUCUACAGAAAAUCUUUAUUCGUGUUUUACUUAAUCCGCUUCCUUGUUGUCUAGAGAAACAAUGAUAUUUUAAGAGGACGUUCGAAGGUCUUAUUAAUAUAAUGCCCUAAAGAGAUAUGCUCAGUUUAUUUUGCUUUCUUUUAUGGUUCACUAUUUAUUCCACCUAAACCCAUGUAUCUGAAAUAGGAUUUCCUGGACUGUAGCCUAUUUACUAGAAUAUUGAAAUGUCCAAUCAACUAUGAGAUCUGACAGACGGCUGGUCCGUUCUUAUGUCACGCUCAUUUAUGCGAUAUUUAUGAUUAAUGUUACCAUGCACUGAUAGGCCUGAAAGUCCAAUGCCCCUGCUGGUAUUAUCACCUGCCCUUUGCCUAUGAAUCUGCUCUGAGGAUUUUAUUCGUUCAACAAAAAACUAUGAAUCCACCUCUUCUCUCAGCUUUUCUUCCACAAGAGUUUAGAGAUUGAACUAUCAUCAUGUGUUACUUUUUAGUACUGCUUUUGUAAUCACUUCAAUCAUGCCAGCCACGAUAGACACGUUUUCAAAAUAUUUGUCCAUCCUUUAUAGUGACGUACCAUUUAUGGGCAUAUGUCCUUUUCGCCAAUUUAUUUUUAAGAGCAAUAAAUUCCAUUUAAUGACCGGGAUAUUUGUAAGGUGAAAGUUGUAGGCAAACGUUUUAUAAAGUUGGCCUUUUGGAUGUUUUUAUUUCAAAUAUCUGAUGUUGAAAUGUUAUAAAGGCCCUUGCGCAACCGGCAUGCUUUGCGGUAGCUGUUUUUUACACGAGAAGAAAUGAACUGUAUUUUAUAUUUUUAUGCAGUACUAUAUUAGGCCCUUUUUGAAAAUAUAUCCGCAAAGCAUGCCGGUUGCACAAGAGCCUUUAAGUUCUUCUAGUCACUUGUCUUCACGAUACUUUGGGUUGUUGACAAGCAACAAGUGAUGAAUAGCUUUUGAUAUAUAUUUUAAAAUUUUGUGUGAAUAUGUAAAUGGUGGACAAAGUUAUUUAUGGUGUACCGAAUGUCUAGUUUCAUCACGAGGUUUUUUAGCUAGAUCAGAAUGGAGGUUAAGAUGAUGUCAGGAUGCAAAAUGGAUAGGGGGCAAGGCAGCUUCUCUCGAUAUCAUACGAGUAUGUAGCUACUAUUUAGAAAAAAGAUGGAAAUUACGAACCCGUCUGGUCCAUUCUUUUGAAAGUUACCAAUCCCCCGUUGAUUGUAGCACGACACUCCAUUUUUCGAGAUUUUAGGAAGUUUUCUACCAUCGUCUCUCUACCCCCCAAUCGUUCAAACACUCCCUUUCUGUUUAUGUUUAGAAAUAAAUCUCUAGAUGCAACGAACAGCAAGAAACACAUUGGUUGAUCUUAUGUAGUAGCCACAACGUUAGCUAGUUUCUUCGCAAUGAACGCCUUGCUCUCUUCCACGUCUUUUAGUUUCAUCGGCCAGAAUAAUUAUCUCGUAUUUAUCACUUAUAUACUAUAAUUGAAUUUUCGAAUUUCUCAUAAAAUUUUAAAUGCUAAUUUUAUACAACAAAUGGUAUUCAGAUUCAUUGUUGCCGUUUUAUAUCUUAAUCUAUUGCCAGACGACAGAGGAA